CAGCCGCCUCACAGCGAUGGCGGCCGAGCAGGGCCGGCGGCGGUGGCUGCUGCGGCUGCGGCCGGAGACGGCGGUGCUGGCGGUAGCGGUGGGUGGCGGGGGCCUGUGACCGGGAGCCACCCCCGGACCCGGGCACCAUGAGCCAAGGCCCCGCCGCAGGGGACAGCAGCGAGCCGGAAGCAAAGGUCCUCCACACUAAGCGGCUGUACCGGGCUGUGGUGGAGGCCGUGCACCGACUCGACCUCAUCCUGUGCAACAAAGCCGCGUAUCAAGAAGUGUUCAAGCCGGAGAACGUUAGCCUGCGGAACAAGCUGCGCGAGCUGUGCGUCAAGCUCAUGUUCCUGCACCCGGUGGACUAUGGGAGGAAGGCCGAGGAGCUGCUGUGGAGAAAGGUGUACUACGAAGUCAUCCAGCUUAUCAAGACGAACAAAAAGCACAUCCACAGCCGGAGCACCUUGGAAUGCGCCUACAGGACACACCUGGUCGCUGGCAUCGGCUUCUACCAGCACCUCCUUCUCUACAUCCAGUCCCACUACCAGCUCGAGCUGCAGUGCUGCAUCGACUGGACCCAUGUCACCGAUCCCCUCAUAGGAUGCAAGAAGCCAGUGUCUGCCUCAGGGAAGGAGACGGACUGGGCGCAGAUGGCAUGCCACCGAUGUCUGGUGUACCUGGGGGAUCUGUCGCGGUAUCAGAACGAGCUGGCCGGCGUGGACACCGAGCUGCUCGCGGAGAGGUUUUACUACCAGGCUCUGUCGGUGGCCCCCCAGAUUGGUGAGUGGCCCCACGUGGGCCCCCCCAGCCCAGCGGCAUUUUCCAAGCGGGGGACAGUGCCAGCGUGGCCGGCGGGCCGCUCUCGCUUUGUCCGGGUCCUCCCUGCAGUCAGUCCGCUUGUGCUUCACCUGUGGCCUCGUCGCCCCGGGGAGGCCACCGGCCGCUCACCGCCGCCUCCUGGGCCCCCCUGUUUCAGAUGCAAAGACGUCAAGAGGCUGCUGGUGAACUUCAUGUAUCUGCAGAGCCUGCUGCAGCCCAAGAGCAGCUCUGUGGACGCCGAGCUGACGUCGCUUUGCCAGUCGGUUCUGGAGGACUUCAACCUCUGUCUCUUCUACCUGCCUUCGUCACCCAACCUGAGCCUGGCCAGUGAGGACGGGGAGGAGAACGAGGGCGGGUGUGCCUUCCUCCCGGACCUGCUCAUCUUCCAGAUGGUCGUCAUCUGCCUCAUGGGUGUGCACAGCCUGAAGAGAGCAGGGUCCAAGCAGUACAGCGCAGCCAUCGCCUUCACCCUGGCCCUGUUUUCCCACCUCGUCAACCACGUCAACAUACGGCUGCAGGCCGAGCUGGAGGAGGGCGAGAACCCGGUCCCCGCGCUGCAGAGCGACAGCACAGACGAACCCGAGUCCAAGGAGCCCUUGGAGAAAGAGGAGGGCCCGGGGCCCGAGCCCCCGCCCGCAGCACCUCCAGCCAGUGAGGCCAGGAGGAGCCGCAGGUUGUCUCGCCUCUCCUGCCUCCGGCGGCGCCGCCACCUGCCCAAAGCUGGGGAUGACAGUGAUCUGAGCGAAGGCUUUGAGUCGGACUCGAGCCACAACUCGGCCCGGGCCAGCGAGGGCUCGGAGAGCGGCUCCGACAAGAGCCUCGACGGUGGAGGCGCAGCCUUUGACGCCGAGACGGACUCAGAAAUGAACAGCCAGGAGUCUCGGUCAGACCUGGAGGACAUGGAGGAUGAGGAGGGGACACGGUCCCCAGCCCCGGAGCCCCCUCGGGCCAGGUCGGAGGCUCCCGAGUCCCUCAACGGCCCCCUGGGCCCCAACGAAGCCAGCAUUGCCAGCAACCUGCAGGCCAUGUCCACCCAGAUGUUCCAGACCAAGCGCUGCUUCCGACUGGCCCCCACCUUCAGCAACCUGCUCCCCCAGCCCGCCGCUGAGCCUCACGCCCUGGCCAGCUGUAGGCCCUGCGUCAACGGGGACGUGGACAGGCCCUCGGACCCAGCCUCUGAGGACGGCUCUGAGUCAGAGGGGAGUGAGUCCAGCGGACGCUCCUGUCCGAAUGAGCACAGCAUCCAGGAGAAGCUGCAGGUCCUGAUGGCCGAAGGCCUGCUCCCCGCCGUGAAGAUCUUCCUGGACUGGCUGCGGACCAACCCCGAUCUCAUCGUCGUGUGCGCGCAGAGCUCUCAAAGUCUGUGGAACCGCCUGUCGGUGUUGCUGAACCUGUUACCAGCUGCUGGUGAGCUCCAAGAGUCUGGCCUGGCCCUGUGUCCUGAGGUGCAGGAUCUUCUGGAAGGCUGCGACCUGCCCGAGGCCCCCUCCAGCCUGCCGCUCCCCGAGGACAUGGCGCUGCGGAGCCUGCCCCCGCUGCGGCCCGCACACCGGCACUUUCACUUUGAUGCCGACCGGCCCCUGCUCAGCCCGGCGGAGGAGUCGGUUGUGCGCAUCUGCUGCAUCCGCAGCUUCGGCCAUUUUGUCGCCCGCCUGCAAGGCAGCGCCCUGCAGUUCAGCCCGGAGGUCGGCAUCUUCGUCAGCACCGCCCAGGCGGAGCGGGAGAGCCUGCUGCAGCAGGCCCAGGCCCAGUUCCGCAUGGCCCAGGAGGAAGCACGGCGGAACAGGCUGAUGAGGGACAUGGCGCAGCUCCGACUGCAGCUCGAGGUCUCUCAGCUAGAAGGGAGCCUACAGCAGCCCAAGGCCCAGUCGGCAAUGUCUCCCUACCUCGUCCCUGACACCCAGGCCCUCUGCCACCACCUCCCCAUCAUCCGCCAGCUGGCCACCAGCGGCCGCUUCAUUGUCAUCAUUCCAAGGACAGUGAUCGAUGGCCUGGAUCUGCUGAAGAAAGAGCACCCAGGGGCCCGGGAUGGGAUCCGAUACCUGGAGGCAGAGUUUAAGAAAGGAAACAGGUACAUUCGCUGCCAGAAAGAGGUGGGAAAGAGCUUCGAGCGGCACAAGCUGAAGAGGCAGGACACUGAUGCCUGGACCCUCUAUAAGAUCCUGGACAGCUGUAAACAGCUGACCCUGGCCCAGGGGGCUGGGGAGGAGGACCCGAGCGGCAUGGUGACCAUCGUCACAGGCUUUCCACUGGACAACCCCAGUGCGCUCUCGGGCCCAAUGCAGGGCGCUCUGCAGGCCGCUGCCCACGCCGGCGUGGACGUCCAGAACGUCCUGGACUUCUACAAGCAGUGGAAGGAGAUUGGCUGACGCUGCCCCCGGGCCCUGCAGUGGGGCUGACUCCAGAUCUCUCGUGCCCUCCCUGGCAGCCAGGACUGCCCCGUCGUCACCCCACCUCACGCAGACGCACGCACGCACGCACUCAGGAAGGAAGCCUGGCUGACGCAGGCUGGGGGGACCCGGAGGGGCUGGGAGGGCUGGUCCCCUGCUGCCGUACAGCGUCAGGGAAGCGAGGAAAGCGCUUGGGGCAGGAGAGGCCCGUGGGCCCUGGUCAGCUCUGCUGUCCCCAGGGACGGCGACAGGCGUGGCGUCUGCAUUUCAUUGGAGUAGUUCCUGGACCUCUGAGAGGGAGGGACAGCGGGGCCCUCCUUCCUCACCCAGCAUGCAGAGGUUGGGGCCAGGAGGGGGCGCCCUCCAGCCCUGGGGAGAGUGGGCGACACCAGGUCUCAGGGGGUUCUCUGCAGACCAUGCUCCUCAAGGGCCACUCACCCUCUGGUCUCCCUCUGUGGGGGCUGGGCAGCGUUGGAGCCUUGGGGACUCUUUAAAGAAGAGGGGCCUGGGGCUGGCCACGCUGAGAGCAGCCUGGGCUCACCCCUCCCCGCCACGGGCACGCACCAGCUGCCCACCCCUGCUUCUGUUUCUGCCCAGCGUCCAGGGCGCUGCGGGCAGCCCGCACGCCCUUGGAGGCCCCUGGGCCCACCAGCCCCACAGCAUCUGCGCUCGUGUCCCUGGCUGCUGUGCCGGGGCAGUAGGGUGCCAGUGAGAGGGGAGGCGGGUGCAGGCCGAGGCCAGCUCCCUCCGAUCAGGGGAAGCAGAGGCCCCUUGGCGCUGCCCGUUGGGGGCCUGUGUCCCGCUGGGCUUCCGAGUUUGUGGGGGACUGGAGCUGGUGGGGCUGAGCUGGCGGGCGGGCUUUCGGAGCAGAGGUGACCGGAGCAGAGGUGACCGGGAGAGCUGGGGAAAUGAAGGGCGGUGCCUCAGCUGGGGUGGGGCGGGGCGUCAGCUCUGGGGCCCCCACCCCAGCGAGCCCAGCUUCCUAGGCUGUGCUCAGGAGAGCAGGCUUCCUGCCUCUUCAAGGUAGCACAUCUGGGACAACCUGGGGGUGCCACCCCCACUCCCAGUGCCUGGCAGAGACUAAGACUAAAGCAUCACUUAAUAAAGACCCCCGAAGCCCG